AUGCUUGAACAAAUUGAAGAUUUUAGAAAUGAUUUUAACAAGCUUGUUGAGUGUAUUGAGAAAUUAAGAGAAAGAGCAGACAGACUACGAGAAGAGAAUAAAGAAUUAAAAAAAUAUAUAAGUAAUUUAAAAAAUGAAAAUUUUCUUUAUGAAGAAAUGUUAAUUGAAAAUAAGAUGUUAAGAGAAAAAAUUUCAAUCCUUCAACAAUCUAAGGAAAAUUAA